CUGAAAUGCUUGGUGACACAACACAGUCGCAGGCGCUGGAAUAAAAAUCCCCAAAGAUCCGGAUAUUUCUCCGCUGAGAACAACAACUUCUUCUGGACUUUUAUUAGUGUAGGAGCCAUGGCAGAAACAUGCAGCGCGCCGGACGGCAGCACGAAAUGGCUUACGAUGACACCUGGGCAGAGCAUAUUCAUCGUGUCCAUUAUCGGGUUCCUGCCACUAUUUGUGCUGCUCGCGGGACCGAAGCUGGUAUUUUGGUUUGGGGGCUUGAUAGGAGGGUAUUUGAAGAGGAAGACGGCGGGCAGGAGGGCGCAGAUAUUGGAUCUUGUGGAUAGUGAGCAGAAAGAGUGGGAGGAGAAGGGCGGGAAGGAGAAGCAGAGGAGGGAUAGCGAUGAGUGGGAGACGGUGGAUUCGUAUGCGGUUGGGACGGCGAAGAAUGGGGAGAAGGCGGUUGAUGCGGAGUGGGAUGGGAUUGUGGGGUUCUUUCAUCCGUUCUGUAAUGCCGGUGGUGGAGGAGAACGAGUUCUUUGGGCUGCAAUUAGAGCUACGCAGAAACGCUGGCCGAAAGCAAAGUGCAUAGUGUAUACCGGAGAUCAUGAUGUGAACAAGGCAGCUAUCAUAGACCGAGUAAAGAAUCGGUUCAAUAUCGCCCUCCACCCUCCAACAGUAACCUUCCUCUACCUCACAACCCGCUCCUGGGUCCUUGCCUCCUCCUGGCCACACUUCACACUCGCAGGACAGUCGAUUGGUUCCCUAGUUCUAGCAUGGGACGCCUUCUCACUCCUCACACCCGACAUCUUCGUCGACACGAUGGGCUACGCAUUCUCUCUCGCUUUCUGCAAGAUCCUGUUCCACGACGUCCCAACUGGCGCAUACGUUCACUACCCCACUAUAUCCACCGACAUGCUCAGCUCUCUCGAUCCAACAUCCACAACAGGCACACAAGGUGUCAAUGCAGGCAAGGGACGCGGGGCAGCCGGAGCUGGGAAGAAGAUAUACUGGGAGCUAUUUGCGAAAUUAUAUUCCGUGGUUGGGACGUCGAUUGAUGAAGUCAUGACGAAUUCGAGCUGGACGCUGGCACAUAUCAACUCAUUAUGGGGAUCUUGGAGGAAAGAGUAUAGGAAGUCGAUUCCGAGAGUCGUAUAUCCACCCGUUGCUGUUGAGGAGUUGGAGAAGGAGAUUGAGGUUUCGGAGGCUAGUGAGAGAAAGAGAGAGAAUGUGCUUUUGUAUAUCGCGCAGUUUCGGCCAGAGAAGAACCACUACCUGAUCGUAGACGCCUUCGCCAAAUUCCUAGCCACCAAAUCCCCUACCACGAAGAACGCCAAAUUAGUUCUCGUAGGCAGUGUACGAGAUGAUUCAGAUUCCAAACGGGUGUACGAACUUCGACUGUUAGCCAACGAGCUGAAAAUCAAAGAAAGCGUGGAAUUCCACCUCGAUGCCUCAUGGCCUGAAAUCCUGGAAUGGUUACGUCGCGCCAGCGUGGGUGUGAAUGGGAUGUGGAAUGAACAUUUCGGAAUUGGCGUUGUGGAAUAUCAGGCUGCGGGGUUGAUCUCGGUUGUUCAUGAUAGUGGUGGGCCGAAGGGCGAUAUUGUUACGGAGAUUGAUGGGGAGCCUACUGGAUUCCACGCCACAACCGAAGAUGAGUUUGCUGCCGCAUUCGAGCAAGCUCUGUCACUAAAGGAUAAACUGGCUAUGCGGAAGCGGGCUAGGGAGUCGGCUAAGAGGUUCACGGAGGAGGAGUUUAUGAAGGGUUGGAUCGCCGUUAUGGAGAGGUUGGUUGAUUUGAGGAUACGUCUUGUGAAUGGUAGUACAAGUACAUAAAUAGAUCAGGAUAGAGUUGUAUUUGGAGGAGAUACCCCGG